AUGCCAACCCCUCUUGCGUUUAAAGCUCUCACCUACAAUUUCAAGAUUAACGACCGCCUCUGCAAACUUCCGAUUAGUCACAACCCAAAAUCUAACCAAUUUGUCAUUACAAAGCUCACAUCCGCCAGUAAAGCGCAAUAUUCUGCUUGGUUUUUCAACGUGUUUUUUCUCUUUCUUACCUGCACCAUGGGAAGUUCAGGGUACGUUGUGAUUCGUCAAUUUAUAAAACCUAAACAACACAUCACAAUGGUUCAUACGAUCUUGUACACGAUGAUCUCUGGGGCUGGAAGUAUCGUCGCGGGAAUUGUAGUUUAUGUCGUGAAAUAUGGAGAAGAAGCGGUCGACAGGGUCAAUUGGCUUGUCUGGUUUCAUGAAGAGCAGCUGAAAGGCACUGUCGUGACAUCUGCUAAAAUGAAAGUUAAGAAGGCGAAGAAGCCGCCAAUAUGGCGCAACCUGUCCGGUGACUUGGACACUUUUGGGCUCGCCAUGUCCGCCGUGUUCUUUCCGCUUCCCUACAUCCCCUUGAUCGCCGUCCCUUUCGGCAUGAUUGCUAACCUCGACGUGUACAAAUUCGUGUUGGAGGACUUCAUCCCCACAGCCGUGUAUGAAUUGAUUAUCGUCCAAAUUGUGAUCAGAUCCAUUUCGGCCGUCAUUGCGUACAUCUGCUUUGCCGAAAGUGUCCGAAUUUUCCCAAUGAUUGGAUACCUGGCAGUAUUGCCGAUCCAGCUGUUGACUCGAAUUGUGGGGAAAAUGGGUAAAAUCGAUUUGACUUGCCGCCCUAUCUCUCACAUCCUGUCGGUACUCUACUCCUACACGCAAAUUUCCUCCUUGGUCCUCGCCAUGCAGGAAAACGACGCCACAUCCAACUUCCUCCUCCUCCAGACCGGAAUUUGGCUGGGAGCGGGGUCCAUCUACGGCACUAUCCGCCUCCACAACGUCGUCCCGCUCGGAUUCUAUCUCAUCUUCCCCUUCUUCAUUCUCAUCGUGCUAAUAAUCACGGAACAACUCCUCCCCGUUAUCGUGUCAAUUUUAGAAAAUUCAAAAACCUCUCUGGCUCAAUGGGUGACUCAAUUGAGCGGAAAUGGGCGACCCGAAGACAAAUGCUUGCGACGCUACUUUACCGCCAUGCGUCCAAUUCGGUACGUCGCUGGAUUGAAUGGAAACUACUUUUACGACAUAGAUAACUCAAUCAUGACCUCUUUCCUCUGUAGCAUUUUGGAUAAUGCGAUCAAUUUAUUGAUGAGUUUGCCGGUCGUGCACGUGGCAUAAAAUGUUGGAGCAUAUUUCGUAAUAUAUUUCAGAUAUUUAUUUAAAAUAAUUUUUAGUUAAAGCCAAGU